AUGCAUUUCGUGGCAUUUCGCUGUCGCUUUCUACCAAGGGUUCUCCACUUGUCCUUGAUGUUGACUUUGGAUCGUCCCUCCAAUCUCAAUCCUCCAGCCUUGUUUCAUCACGGGGGCUCUCUCAUAUCGUUGGUGCCGGUUCGCCGUUUGCGUUUCAUUGCGGGAAUAGCACAUCAUCACCAACCCCGAUGUCCACGUCUGCACGAAACUGCCUCUGCCAUUGUUCUCCGUCAUCUGGAUGAAGAGCAAUAUCCACGCAUCCACGACGUGGGUGUUGUUGCUUCCCCCGUCCCCGUGAUUGACCAUUCGAUUUCAUUCAUUGUAAGCCUGUGA